AUGCUCACCGCGCUAGGGAUUCUUGCUGGUUACGGCAUCGUUCCGAACCAAUGGCGUGAUCCCAGUACCUUCGAGGAUCAGACCUCACUGUACCAGGAGAUUUUCAGAAUUGAAGCUCAGGAACGAGCCUUUAUACAUAAAGAGAAGAUUUGGAAAUUGGGAAAUGCAUUGGACGAUGGAACAGAGGGACUCUUGGGAGUGGCGGACGAAUUAUUCCGUCGACAAUGCAGAGCCCUUUUCUCGAGGGCUACGUUCAUCGAGGGCGGGAAAACGAAAGCCGCCAAGCUGACGGAUCUGUCGACGGAGCUUCUCGUGAUGAUCCUCGGACACUUCCAAUACUCAGCACCGAUAGAUGGCACCUUUGAAGAGGACAUCGUCCCAAAAUUCCCCGAAGAAGACCGGCAGACCGUCAAAUCCCUGCGUCUGGUGUCCCGCCUUUUCAAAGACCUGGCAUCCCCACUUCUCUGUCCUGUUGUCCGACUCCAAGUCGACGAUGCAUCCAUCACAAGGGUGCAGGACAUCAUGGCCAACCCCCUGCUGGCAUCUGGCGUCCGAGCAUUCAGCAUCAGCCUCGAGUACCGCCCAACACUGCUUGCAAGAGAUUUCCAAACAUGGCUAGCACGCAACCGCCAAGGAAUGGGCAUAGAGCCCCUCAACUCAGAAAUCGCACAGAACUCAAACAGACUGGAGCAUAUCGAAGGCUCCGAUCCCAUAAGGCGAGCUGAUCUCCUUGAGGAAUCAACGAGCCUUCGCGCGGCUGGGGACAGGGCGAAGCUGUACACGGUUGCUGACAUGGAGCUCAGGGGCCUAGAGUUCAGGGACCUAGAGCCCAGGGGCCUAGAGCACCACGGUUACGUCAAUCUAACAUCAAUUGCAGGGUUGGAGGAGGGAGAUAUCGCUAGAUACAAGGAACUCAUCCAGGACAGUUAUGCCGCGUUUGCGUCGGCGUACGAACAUCAGGCGCGGCUGAUUUCGAGUAGUUCCUUCGCCAGGGCGGUCGCCCGCUUGGCUGCCAAGGCGCGGCGCCCAGUGGCUCUCGAGUUUUUGGAGAAAGUCUGGAGUCUCCCGACGCCCGGCAGGCACGAGACGCAGACUGUCUUCAGAUCCGAGCAGCUCUUGCACGAGUUCCUUGCGGCUGAUGUGGGCUGGUACAUGAGUGAUUACGCCGAAGCAAAUGUACGGGGCGAAAUCCCAGUUGCCCUCAUCGCCGAUCUGCCGCUAGAGAUUUCCAAGGCUGGGGGCGUAUUGGGCGGCUUUCAGCUUCAUUGCCCGCCAUUACCCCAUCAUAUCGAGCUCUUGCCAGCCCCGGAGAUAGCCUGGUCCUGGUUUAGCCGCUCGUUUAGGCACCUCAAGGUUCUUCGGGUCGGCCGUCUGAAUGUUGGAGUUGAAGAAGACCGCUUCAGGAUGGUUUCGAAAACACGGAAGUGCAGUUAUUGGCGGUUCUUUCGCCCGCUGCUCUCUGCGCCGCACCUCGAAGAGGUCUCUCUCGAAGCUUAUCCAUUUAUUAGUUUCCUUCUGCGCCUAGAUCUGUCUGGAACAGUCCUGAACUCGCUCCGUGCUGUCCCUUACCAUCGCGCUCGGCCCCAAUUCAAGAGGGCCAGUUUUUCAUGCACAGCCCCCUCCCGACUGAACAUUCAGGGGCUCACCCAAAGUCUCUCAGACGUCAAUCUUAGAAAUCUCGAUGGAGUUUCAUGUAUGGGUGUGGACCCGGGAGAGGCAAUGGAGAUCUUGCGAGAAGUGUUGAGCCGAUCUAACACUCCCGUCUCAUUGGAUGCGGACCCUCUCGCCUUGUCGGAGGAAGACGCUCCUCCUCUCUUCCUCAAUAUUGUCAGUGAAAAACAGAAACCCCUGGCGGAUGAACAUCCGACUCUGUGGAGAGAGCUGGCGGCCUACAUGGAAGGCGAGAGAUUGAAAGGUACUCCGGUCUCGAUGUGGACCAUUACCUAUCGGCAAUUGCGGAUCGAGUGA